UUAUUAGUACUCGAUCCCAAGGACCUCCUUCUAUAUUAAGCCCUGCCCCAACUUCUCUCGAUCCUUCUACCGCACUCGAUUUUUCGAUUUCCUCGCGAGAUUCGAUUUCGAGAGAGAGAGAGAGAGAAGAAGCGACAGAGCUGAGAGCGAAAUCCGCUCGCCGAUUCUUCGCGCAGAGGGGGGAAGGGAGGACGAUCUUCUGCCGGUGCCGGCGAGGAAUCCUUUUGGGAAGCGGGGCGAGAGAGAUGGCGACGUCGAGGAAGAUAACGCUGCGGAGCUCCGACGGGGAGUCGUUCGAGGUGGAGCAGUCGGUGGCGGAGGAGUCGCAGGUGAUCAAGCACGUGAUCGAGGACUGCUGCACUGACGACGCGAUCCCGCUGCCCAACGUGAACAGCAAGAUCCUGGGCAUGGUGAUCGAGUACUGCAAGAAGCACGUCGAGUCCGCCACGGCCGAGGAUCGCGUCAACGACGAGGACCUCAAGGCCUGGGACGCCGAGUUCGUCAAGGUCGACCAGGCCACCCUGUGUGACCUCAUCAAAACUCAUAAUGGGAAACUAAAUAAAAUCUAAAAAGACGGCAACAGAUAUCCUUUGUCGAAGCUUUGAGUUUUGAUUUGAUUUGGGUUUUCUUUUUCAAAAUCCGAAAACCCAAAAAAGAAAAGAAAGCUACGCUUAAUCUCAAAAAAGAAAAAGAAAAAGAAAAAGAAACUGCACAAAAUAUUAUCAGCAAAUAAAAACGCAUCGAAAAAUCUAAAUAAAAAAGGAAAUAAAAUUUAGCGAACGGAUCUAUUAUACGCCUUUUCGUGUCAGAGACGUACGGCCCCGAUGAACUUUUUCGCGACACGUUUCGACCCCUCA